UUUUUUUUUAUUUUAUUUUCUUUUCUUUUAUAACAUAUUAAACAAAGAUGACCAAGUUUACAAUUUUGUCUAUUUAUGCUGCAUUAGCAACUCUCUUCUGUAUAGUCCAUGCUCAACAAGCCACACCAACUUUACCAAGUGGUAUCUCUAUUCCUGAGGGGCUUCUUAGUGAAAUUCCAUCAGGUGCUAUCCCUACAGAUAUCGCAAGCAUGAUAAACAGUUUAAUCCAUAAUCCCAGCGCGGUUAAGUCAUAUAUCUCAAUUGCAUCUAAGCAAGUUAGUCUUCUUCCAACUCAAUAUCAAGCUUCAGCUUAUAGUGACUUGGCUGCUGCUAGUAAUGAAUUGAAUUCUUUAAAUCAAGCCAAGCCUACUGGUUCAACAAAUCAAACUUCUGCUGGCAAUCAUUAUGUUAUUUGUAAUUAUUCUUUCAUUACCAUGUUUGUAAUAACUGCAGUUAUGAUGAUUUCAUUUAUGUAAAUAUGUUAGCUAUUCCCCCCCUCAAAAAAAAAAAAAAAAA